AUGGCCAGCCUGGCCCAAACCUUCGACCAACUAUGCGCGCCCGCCCGCCGCGUAGCCCUGACCGGUAUUGUGGAGAGGCUGACCGCCGCGGAAUGGAGACAGCUGGCCCUCGCUGUGCAUACCCACGACUUCCGCUUCGACCUGAUCGCCCGCCUACCCGUCGAGCUGGUCGCCGCCGUCUUCGUCCACCUCCCCGUGCACGCCAUGUUCCUGUAUGCGCGCGUGUCCCGCCGCUGGAGAGUCCUGUUGUCAUCUGAGCAUGUGCGCCACUGUUGCCUGGCGCAGUGGUAUUCCGAUCGCGACCCGAUGCUGCAUUGCCAGUCUGCCAACAUCCAUGACCGAGACGCUCUCAAGGCCAAACAUGUCAAGUGUUUCGAAGAAGCCCGGCCCUACUCACUGCGAAGGUACAAUGCGCCUUGGAGCGAACGUCGUUUCGACGACCAUAUGCCUUUCGAAUUCUGCCGCGAGACAAUUGCCUGGCUCGAGGACGCGCAUGACCCUCGCUCUAUCAUGAUAUACAGCUUGCGAACAGCUGCCACUACCAAGGUAGCCGGUGACGCUCGGGAGCGGAUCACCCGGCUCAAACUGACUGACAGGCUUCUCGCUUUUCUUACUGCCUCUGGGUAA